AAUUAGUAAGUAGUUGGCAUUCAACCAGAUGUCACCAUUGACACUAUUUGCCAGAUCUGACGCAUCUACAUUUCGAUCAGAAAAUUAUAAAAAUCGAGUAUUUCGGAAAGUAUCUCUAGAAGCAAGCUCUGUGCUUUCAUCGACAAAAGAGUCUCGGAAUCGGAUUGGCAAUCGAAAUCAUAUAUCCAGCAUGGGCUUUGAUCUACCGUACAUUGUGGGCCACGUGGACGAGGAGCUGAUCUGCCCCAUCUGCGCGGAUAUCCUCGAGGAUCCGGUGCAGUCCUGCGGCUGCGAGCAUGCCUACUGCCGGGCCUGCAUCGACAAGUGGAUGCAGCAGAAACAGAUAUGUCCGGUGGACCGGUCUGACCUGCUUCCCGGCCAUUUGGUGCCCGUUUCCCGGCUGAUGCGCAACAUGCUCUCCCGGCUUAAAAUCAAGUGCUCCUUCGCCGAAAACGGCUGCUCCCAGCUGCUGGCCCUCGAGGAGUACCGAUCCCAUGUGGCCGGCUGCGAGCACAAUCCUAAGGUCGUGGUCGAGUGCAACAAGGGGUGCGGCAUGAAGGUGCCUAAAGACGAGCUGGCCAGGCACAACUGCGUGUUUGAGCUGCGGGAGCUGGUCCAGAACCAAAUGGCCGAGAUCGCCGAGCUGAAGGAGACGCAGGCCACCCAGGAGCUCCGAAUCGUCAUCCAGCGACGCGAGCUGGAGCUGCUUCAGUACUACAUUGCGGCCCUGCGCUCUACCAAUCCGGUGAUGCGUAAUAUCGGCGAGCAGCUGGACCGCUACUCUCUGAUGCAGUGGGGUAAUGGACUGCCCCUAGCCAACGUCCGCACCUGGGGCAGUCUCAUCUCCACCCCGGACACGCCCAUGCACGUCAUGGUGCGGGACGUCCUGCGCACCUGCGGCUGUCCGAUGCACUUGCUCAAUCUGAUGGUGGACCGGUGCCACGAGGACCGUUGGCCCGACGGCCUGAUCACGCUGGACGCCCGGCGCGAGAACCACCACCGCCUGAAUCAGUAUGUCACCAGAAUACUGCCGCCGCUGGUCAGCGGGAAGCCUUGCGUGGUGGUUCUCGGGGGGGACAACACUCACAUGCCGGAGAACCUCCGACCCACCCUCGGACUGGUUAUGAUAUUUGUCGAUGGGGUCGAGGAGAUGCUGCAAGAGCCCCUGCCAGAUGGGGAGUACAUCUGAGCUGGGGUACUCGUAUCUACCAGGUCUAAAUUCAGUUUGGUAACACCGUACACUGGACACACUAGACACGAAACACGCCACAAAUUAGAACGGUCUGCGUUUUCCCGUCUCUUUGUCUUGGAAACCAGUCUCCCACACGUUGAUUUUAAUGUAAAAAAUUACACAACCUACAUGAGUUGACCGCAAUCCGGCAAAGAUCUCCGACUCGCCUCGGCUCGUCCAUUGCCGAGCCAUGUCGCGUUUAGCGAGUAAAUCACGCGGAACAAAAAGACAGGAAUUUAAUAAAGGGAGGACCUCUUAACUGGUUACCGUGAAUUAUACAAUUUGUAAAA